ACGCUGUUUAUAUUUUUCUAUUUAAUCGAAAUUUCUUCACCUCUUAGUGUUAUUGUGUAUGAUUACACAUAUAAUCGAAUCUUGGUUAACCUCCGAUUAAAAAUGUCGGCCCCUCAUCUCUCAUACGGCCCAAAAACGGCCGUCUUUACCAAUGGUUACGGUACACCCACGACCUCAUACCCUUCACCAGAGGCUUCUUAUGAAGAAAUCACUCAAAACCCUCAAUUUUUCUUGGAAAAACUUCAAAUAUUUCACUCGGUUUUCGGUACCAAGUUCAAGAUCCCGAUCAUUGGAGGGAAGUCGUUAGAUCUACACCGGCUAUUUAUAGAGGUCACUUCACGAGGUGGCAUUGAAAAGAUUGUGAGUGACCGAAGAUGGAAGGAAGUUAUGGCUGUCUUCAAAUUUGGUCCUACAAUCACCAACGCGUCUUUUGUCUUGCGAAAAUACUAUCUCUCGUUGCUCUAUCAUUUUGAGCAGGUUUAUUACUUCCGCAAGAAGACCCCCACUAUCGUUCCUGCUGAUGCUACAAACAGGCUCUCCGGUGGAUCUGGUUCUGUCAAGAACCUGUUUUCUGGAAGGCGAAUGGUUGAGGUUGGUGGACAAGUAACUGGAACCAUUGAUAAAAGAUUCGAUCAUGGUUAUGUAGUUACUGUGGAUAUGGGUUCUGAGAAGCUUUCAGGCUUUCUGUAUCAUCUUCCAUCCGAUUCUCCGGCUCCUUCUCAUGGGACCCACAAUAUGUAUCAGCUUGCACUAAGGGAACCUUCACCUGAGCCGGACACGAGCGGCUACGACGUGUUUUUCACCGAGCACUAUAUCAGGUUAAAGCCUUUGUACCACGGGCAGGAGAAUGUCAUCCGCAAAAGAAUUCAAGUUUUAUGGAGCACUCUGACAGAAGAGGAGAAACAGGUUUAUCAGGAAAAGGGAUCAAGAGGCAAGGAAAGAUAGAUCACGCCAAAGACUCUUGACUCGCAUCGAGCUAGUGCUUGGUAGGCUGCGGGCAAUCUUCUUCUUCUCCUCUCUUUUGUAGUAGACUCUGGGUUUGUUGUUGUACUUUCUUUGUUUCCGACCCUUUCGGUUUGUUGUAGUUUAGAUCGCCGGAGAAAGGGUUUGUUUUCUCCAAUCACGAUGUGCGAAAUUUGCCAAAAAAAAAAAAUGGUGGGUUUUUUUGCUGAA